ACACAUGAGCACAGCUCUACCGCAUCUAUCGCUAGUCGCUACUAAGGCUCAAGCUUGUAGCGCGAGUACGUGUGUAGAGAGACAGAAAGAUGGCUGCUGCGAGAGAGGUUGGUAGCAGCAGUAUGGGCUGCAGAGUGAUCGCCCAGGGAUACAAGGUCCUGGACGAGCGACGCCACGCGGUGGACUAUCGUCCUAGUGUCUGGGGUGAUCACUUCAUUAAGAACCCCACACUGCCACAUACUAAUGAGAAGUCGCUGGAGUGGAUGGAAGAAAGACGUGACGUGCUAAUCAACGAAGCAAAGAAGGCCUUGACCGGCACGCACGAUCCCAUGGGUGAAAUGAAGCUGAUCGAUGCAGUCCAGCGCCUCGGAAUCUCUUACCACUUUCAAGAUGAGAUCAGUGCAUCACUGCAAAAGCUCAAAUCCACAGAGUUCGACAAUGAGAGCUUCUACCAAAUCGCCCUCCAGUUCUGGUUAUUAAGGCAAGAGCGGUACUACGUGUCAUGUGAUGUAUUCCAAAGCUUCAUGGACAACCAACAAAAUUUGAAGAUCAGCUUGCAUAGUGAUGUACGAGCAUUGCUAGCACUCUAUGAAGCAGCUCAUCUAGGCACUCCAAAUGAACAACUUCUCACAGACGCUCAAAGGCAAACUACAAGUCUUCUAAAAUCAAUGGUUGACCGUCUUGAAAAGCCACUAGCAGAUAAAGUACGACAUGCUCUUCAAACGCCAUCUUUUCGAAGGAUGAAGAGAUUGGAGGCUAGACAAUAUAUCCCUCUAUAUGAACAAGAUAAAGAGGACUGUAAUGAACUGGUACUUGAACUGGCAAAAUUGGAUUUUUAUUUGCUCCAGCGAAUUCAUCGUGAAGAAGUCAAGGAAAUAUGCGAGUGGUACCAUGGCUUGGAGUCCCCACAAAAAUUAUUCUAUGCAAGGCACAGGCCAACAGAAGCCUAUUUUUGGGCAUUGGGAGUAUACUAUGAACCACAAUAUGCGGAGGCCAGAAAGUUGCUGGCGAAGUUUAUAGCAACAAUUACACCAUAUGAUGACACCUUUGACAACUAUGGCAUAUGGGAAGAGCUGCAACCGUUCGCUGAUGUGAUGCAGAGGUGGGACAUGAAGGAAGUUGAGAAACUCAAUGGAUGCUACAGUGACUUUGCCCGCUUUAUGUUUGGUACUAUGAUUGAAAUCGAGAAUGCACUUCCAAAGGACACAGGAAGGAGAAAUGUCAACUUCAUCAGAGCUAUUGUAGGGGUCAACGGUUCUUUGUUAUCUACACUUAUUCCAAUAUACAAAAUUUCGCAAUUUAGUUUUGAUUUAUUUGUGUUUUUUAUCAUUUUAAUGAAGUUUGCAUAUAGGUUCUAUAUUUCUUUUGCACAUAGCUUGUAUCAAGGAUAGGAUGAAGUUGUGAAACUAACUAAUGCAAAAACUCCCAAAAUAUUUAUCUAGCCAUCUUAAUUGAGAAACAUGAUAUUUAAUAGGAUUAUAUCAAAUUUUCACCUAUUAGAUAAGUCAUCCCAUGGUAUGCCUACCUAAUAAGGCCAAGUAUGAUCCAAUUCAUGAAAGACUUUGUAUCUUUUAGUUACGUGUGGUGGAUACAUAUUGCGAAGGGAGAUAGUAACAAUGACCAAACAAAAAUACUAUUAAUGUAUGGAUAUGUACUAGUUGAGAUUUAGUUUCUGCUACUUCAUCGUGUAACCUAUGAUUGGAGAAUCUUUGUUGCUAUUA